UGAGAAUAUCAAAUAUUGUUCCAGAAAUAAACCGUGUGAAAUAACUUAUCAUGUCUAAAUUCUGAUAAUUGUUUUAAAAAAAAAGUGCUAGUUGUGAUAAUAUCAUUAGCCAUAGACUCUUUGCUAAGCAAACUAAUUAGUCAUUUAAUUAAUUUAAUCGCACGAGAAAAAAAAUUCGUUUAUUAUGUACACAUAUAUGUAUAUAUAUAUGAUUAAGUCCUUAUGGCUGUUGUAAAACAAAUAUGGGACUCCAUAAUUCAAGUACCGUUAAGGUUGUAUUAGACCUGAUGCAAUGUUAGCUAUCUAGAAACUUUGCAUUCCGUUGUGUUUUAGUCUAUAUCUAGAUCUUUUGGAGGAUGAGAUUGGACCAGUAAGAUGACCGUACACAAUUCUGAAAUGACUCCUUCUACUCUACAUAAACUCACAAUAAUAAUUGUCGAGAAAGGAUAAUAGAAAGAGAGAGAGAGAGAGAGAGAGAGAAUACAGAAACGGAAGGGCGCUAGAGAGGACGAUAGAAAUAUGAGAAUAGACGGAAAGCCUCUUCAGGACAGCAUGGCUUCAGGCGCAAACCGAUCAAACCUGGACCCCGCCACAUGGAACAUCACCCUCUUGAUGGAGCUCAACGACGCCAUGUUUGAACGCCUGGCACCCGCCAUCGCCUUCUUCGUGGUUUUAAUGCUGGUGGGUGUCGUUGGGAACCUGGUCGUUUGCUACAUCUUCAUCAAGAAGCUCCGCAAGUCGACGCAGAACUUCCUGCUGCUGUGCCUGGGUGUAUUUGACCUACUUAGCACCGUGGUGGGCGUGCCUUCAGAGAUCUAUGACAUGAGGCACUAUUACCUGUAUGAUUCCUCGCCUUGGGCCUGCAAGUGGAUGAGAUUUCUGACCACACUUCCUUCUAUCGCCUCCAUCUUGGUCCUGAUGGUCAUCGCAGUUGACCGCUAUCGGAAAGUUUGCAGGCCGCUUCAUUUUCAGAUUCGGGUCUCUUGGGUGAGAAAAGGCAUCGUUGUCAUUUUAAUUGUGUCCCUCGUGUUUUCGCUACCCGCUCUCUACAUCUACGGCCUGAGGACCUUUGAGACCCCUAUCAAGAAUGUUUACGGCCACGACUGCUCGGUGGCCGACUUCUUCAUGGACAAGUCUUACCCAAUCAUCUACGAGGGGAUACUGGCCUUCCUCUUCGCCUUCUUCACUUUUGUGCUCGUGGUGCUGUACAUCCGGAUUUGGACGGAGACGAGGCGGCACCGAGCGUACAUGCGCACCCAUGCCUCGAUGGGGGCCGUGCGGAUGGACGACAGCUUCUACACGUCCUCGACCAACUACGACUCAUCUAGCGACAACAUCGCCGACAACGUCUCCAAUUCCUCCAGGAGAGCGUCCGGCUCGUCCGUUCACAAAAAGAGCUUCCUGCGGGGACAUAUUGGAAGACCAAGGACUAGAUCCAGAAACAGGACCGGCAUUUAUAAACAGGCUGACCAGCCUAGAAGUCCAGUGGAAGGUCAAGUCGAGCCGGAUUGUCACAAAUCUUUACUCAGAACUGACGUGGACGGUUCUGUCGGGGAUGACCUUGACUCUGCAACGUGUGACAAUGGGCCUUACGUGAAACAAAAUUUUGGUCGAGGUCUGCGUCAGAAUGGUUUAAUAAAUCCAACAAGACGCGGCUCUACUAAAACCCAGAAAGAAACUGAACUCUGCGAUCAAAAUCCAAGUUUCAAAAGCACGAGUGAAGACGAAGCAGCAGCAGAUGUGACCUUGACCCCCAUUAAAGAAGGUGUCAGCCUAGAUUCACAGCCAGUCUCACGUAGGCGGCGGAGCGAAUCGCGCGCUAACUCACGUGAACCCGAAGAACCAACCAAUGCAUCAACAUCAAACAGACGCUCCAGUUCUGACCAACCCAAACGCAAAGAUUAUUCAGAAACGGGUGUUGGGCAAGAUGGCGAUUCCUGUUUCACCGGAAGUAAUUACCAGCCGGAAACAAAUUCAAAUGACUCGAGAUUAGCAGAACAUACCAAACAGAGCAGAGGUUCUCAAAUAGAGAGAAACAGCUUUGCAGAGGAUACUUGUAAUACGGACAAUGUCAGUGACGAUAUACACAAGGCACAGAAAGUUAAAAGCCAAGAUGGCUUAAGACCGAAUCGUGUUUCUUUUUAUAAAUACUUACAGCAAAUGAAUGACUCUGGCAGCAUCGACAACGAGGAAGAGGAUGAAUCGAGGCAUUCCAUGCUUGGUGGUGACCCAUAUAGGCAGCGGGACAAUUCCAUUCGCCCGAACGGAAGCGUUGCAAGCUUUAUCUCGCUCUCCCAGGGGAUGCCUCUCAAGUCGGACCAGUUGAAGAGAUUUAGCAAGUCCACCCAGUCCCUGACGGCCAAGCGGGUGAAGAAGGCGCUCAGAGCAUCCCGAACCACCGUCAUCGCUUCGGUCAUCACCCUGGGCUUCGUCCUGAGCUACCUGCCUCACCUGAUCCUGGUCAUCCUGCGUUCGGCCCUGGUGGACUUCGAGCACCACCUGAACCACGCGGAGCUCCUCUUCUACAACAUCUUCGUGCGCUCCUACUUCGUGAACAACGUCAUCAACAUCUUCGUCUACGGCUCCAUGAACCUGGAGUUCAGGACCCAGAUCCUCAAGAUAUGGGCGCUCUGCCGAAAACGCCGCGAGAAGCCGGAAGCACCCGUCAGCAACUUGCGUAGGAACACCGCCGCAUCUGGAAACGUAGACAUUCCUAACGGCUCAGCGAAAGAAAGUCGGUGCUAAAACAAUACAUCUUUAGAGUGAUCGUAUUUUUGAUUUCCAAACAGCCGAAGCUUUAACUAUCAAGAAGGGACUUCAAGUAACAUUUGGCCAGAUUUUUUCUGACCGCAUUGAAGCUGAAAUAAACGAUCCUAUUGUUUCCCUUGUUAAAGUCGAAGUCAUUAGACUGAUUUCAAAUUUCCAAUGGCGACAGUAAUUUAUGACAGAACUGUUUUCCCGCUCUUCUUCUGUGGUACAGAAAGUGUUGCAAUUUAUAUUCAGUUUGGAGCUGCUGAAGGAUCUAGUCGCUUAUACUCUUACUUUUCUGUGAGUUCAACCUUCUGUUUCUUUUACAUGGAAACAAAGACUUUGGUUUAUGUAUGUGUUGUUUCCAAUAACAAAAUACACAUACAUCUACUGCGUUCACUUGCCACUUGGUUAACUUAUUGGGUUCAUAUCUUUUGAUAUUUACAUAUACACACACACAUUUGUCAGAAAGUUUAUCCUCCGGCAUUUGUUGCAUUUAUCUAAUUAUUUUCUUUUUUUUUUUUUUGUAACGUAGCAGAUGCAAAUUAUCUAUUUUGAUUAUCUUUUUUUUUUAAGAAAUGUAAUAAAUAUAGACACUUAUUCGUGUCAGUGAGACAAAGUAUUGAGAGAAAGUACGGUAUCUAAGAAAACAAUAUUAAAGAAAAAGAUCUAAAAUAUUACAUAGAUAGAUAGAUAUAGAUAAAUAGAUAGAUUAGAUUACAUUUUAAAUCUAAUUAGAUGAUUAAUUAAUUCAUUGAUUAAUAUAUCGGAAUCGAUAGGAUGAGUGCAUUGAUAGAUUGAUUGCUAAGUUUUUGUAGAUAGUUUGAUACGAGACUUGAGAUCAUUACAAAAUAAACACUGAUAUUUACAAUUAUUAUUGAUAAAUCUUCCAUUUCCCAAUGAUUAAAGCAAUUUCUCUUCUCUUCUAUUUGUUAUUUGUGACUGGCGUAUUUUGUAUUUAACCAAUACAUUGAGUCAUAUUAUUUGUAGACUUUCAUUUUUCAGCCGGGAAUAACUUGAACAUGUUUAAACAAAGUGACUGUCUUAUUGUGUUGCAAUCUUUAUUGCUUUUUUUUAUUUAUUUAUUAGAUCUAUAUGCUUGUACAUUUGUCAAGCCAGAUUUAUAUUUUAUUGUAUUGAAGAAUAAUGUAUACAAGACUUUUUAAAAUUUGUUAUUUUAUUUUUGCCUCCGCCUUUAGUUUACAAAGUUACAAUGUCUAUGAUCCAUUUAAAUAUACAUUAACAUUGUUACGUAUGGUCAAUUACUUCAGCCAAUGUAAAGACAAAAAUCCAAGUUAUGAUAUUUAUUUCCUAUGUGGCGUUGCGAAGGUCUUCUGUAUAUUACAUUAUUAUUAUUAUUAUUUUGUAUAACGUAUUUCAGGGGUCGGCAACCGGUGUAACUUUGGAUUGAGGGACCAUGGCUUUUCAGGUCAAAAGUUGGCAGCUGUCUAUCCGGAACUUCUUGGCUUAGUGGGCCACAAAAAGUUUAUUUAAAAAAAAAAUAGUAUGUGUGUGUACUGGGUGUAAAAGUAGGUGAGUACAUGUAUGCCUUCAUAUAUUUUUUUAAAUAUUUAGUAGAUUUCCAUCGAAGCCAUAUUUUAUUAUUGUAUUCAAUGUCAAGGUCUGUCACGUGUUGUACGUGUCAAGGUUUCAAGAGAUGGGUUUGAAAACUCUAAAAAGGGGAAGACAAGCUUCAAUCGGGGUCGACAAAUCGGCCUUUUCUGUUCAUAAGUUUAAAGCUUCAUGUUAAGUCUACUGUUUGUGAAUUAUCGAAUUAGGAUUGGUAAUGAGUAUUAUUACUUAAUUCGUUAAGAAAAUUGUGUUAUUUCUUAACCAAAACAAUUAUCCUCGGCUAAAAUUCGAACACGAGUUAUCAGAUUUAAAUGUCUGAAAUGACCAAGACGAGUAUCAACUACUCACUUCCAUUGUUACAGGGGCUGAACAAUUCUUCGUUUUUUUAUGACGUCAUUCUGCCGUGCAGCAGUGACAGUGGUUUGAUUUAAUUGUGUGUCAUACUCUAUACAAUCUAUAGCAUCGUUUAGCAUUAGAUAGCAUUAUCCCUGUUCAAAACUGCAAGCAACUUCUUCCAAGCAAUACUACAACAUUUCAUAGCAGUGCGUUCGCUUGCAAUAAAGAUCCUAAGCAGUAUAGGAAUAUAUUUUUUUACUAUUUUUGGUUAGAGUGUCUCAUUGUUAAUUAGUAAAACCAUCUAACUACAUGUCUGCAAACUGUUUUGAAAGAAGCAUUUUUUUCCCGAGGUUCGUCUUGCCACAUGCUGUGGACCAAAUGCGUCCCGCGUAUUGCCGAUCCCUGAUUUUAUUGUAUCGGGGUGUGUGAGGCAUUUUAUAUUUUGUUAACUUGGAUCUCUGCUCAUACAGCUUCUUAGAACUACUUUUUCGUUCAAAACUACGUCAAAGCAGGACUUAUUCACGCGCAACCAGAAAAGGCAGUUAUGAUGAAAUACUUGUUACAUUAUGGUUAUAUUCACCUUUGUCGUCACCUAUAUACAAUCAAUGACAAUCAAUGUAAAAUUAAUCAUUCUUUUCACAAUAUGCAUGUAUUUCCAGAAAACCAAAAGCUUAAUCAGGACUUUAUAUCUGUCAUAUCAUGCUUGGUGAGAUUUAAGUAUUGUGAGGUAUUCAAAAGUGUUACAUUCUAAUGACCUAUGGUUACUAGCUUACCGGCCAAAGGUUACUAGUUUUCCGGUAUUAAGUGAAGCAUUUGUUGGUCAGAGGUAAUCACGGCAUGUGACUAAUGUCGAGCGGUAAAUAGCUUUAACUUUUUUUGUGUUUUAGUCCAAAGACUGUGAUGACAAAUUAUACAUACAUUUGUACCUGUUGAUUGCUGUCCAAAGUUUGUUUUAGAAAUACAUGAUUAAAAGUUUGCGCUAUUUUUGAC